AACUGAGAGAUCGUCGUGACGGUUCGCGCUUGGUAAGAGGAUCUAGUCCAACUCGGGCUGGUUACAGAAAUCCACGAAGACAUUGUGUGGCGGCUUUCCAGUAUCUUCCCUUCCUGAGCGUUCUGAAAGUGACGACAUCAGUGGGCGACAAUCUGGAGGUAUAAUCACGUCCGUCAAACAAUGCGGGACUUGUGUGCUGCAUUCGAAUUCCUCCAGAAGCCACAUCAGACUUCGAAGAUCGGAGACGACCACACAAAGGAUGUAGUCUGCGAUACCCUUCUAGAUUUAACAAUAGGUAUUAAAUCUAGAAGGGUAGCUAGUCCUAAAGGGUUAAGUUUAGUUCUUGGGCAAGAUAACUAAGGGGAAGAGAAGGGGUCUUAUAAUAUAGUAGUAUUAGAAGAUAUGUAAUGAGUUAAUA